AUGUUAGAUCUACACCACAGCUCUACCACCAAGAGGGUCAAUGUACCUAAAACCCAAAGGACUUUCUGUAAGAAGUGCGACAAGCAUCAGCCUCGCAAAGUGAACCAGUAUAAGAAGGACAGGGAUUCCCUGUAUGCCCAAGGAAAGAGGCGCUACGAUCAGAAGCAGAGUGGCUGCGGUGGGCAGCCGAAGCCCAUUUCUUGGAAGAAGGCUAAAAGGACAAAGACUGGGCUGAGGCUUGAGUGUGUGCGGCGCAACUGCGGAGCGAAGAGAAGGCUGGCCCUUAAGAGAUGCAAGCACUUUGGACUGGGAGGAGACAAGAAGAGAAAGGGCCGAGUGGUCCAGUUUGAAGCUCGCGCUUCACUUUAA